AUGCUGGAUUACUUGGUCGACCACCCCGGCGGUAAAACCUUGGAGGGUCUGCGGUGCAUUGCCAUCAAUGUGAUCGGACAAGCAGGUUAUGGCCAGCACCAGGCAUGGUCACCCGACGUGCAAAGCCUCACAUCUGGGGCAAAAAUCGGUAGAGGGGCGUACUUCGGCGCCAUGGCAAUCAUCGCAGACAAGUUUUUGGUGGCGGCCUUUGUACCCGUCAGGUUGCUAAUGUUGCCGUUCAUGCCGCAGUUUCUGCGCCUCUUGGGCCAGGAGAAAGCGAAGGUGCCCUAA